GGUUCACGAAGGAGGCCGCCCGAGCGGGAUGGAAGCGGGCGGGGGCCCCCCUCUGGAGCCGCGUUCCCCGGGUGAGCCGCCCCCUGAGGCGCUUCUCUCGCUGCUGGGACCGGGGAGGGCGGUGUUGCAAAGACACGGGUCCCCCUGUGGGAUGUUAACUCCCUAAAGAACAUAGAAGAAAGGAAACUAGAUUUCCCUGCUGCUACAGAGCCCUCGGAGAGCUGUUUUUCUAACAAGGCUGAGUCUGGUAAACCAUUUUGCUCUGAGGUAGAGAUGGUAGAAAUCCCAGAAACCCCGAAGAGAGGAAGGAGUACUCCUAUGUCAUCGCAGAUCUCCUGUGGGGCUGAACGGAUGCCAGGUGUCUCGGACUCAUACAGCUUUCAGGGGGGAAAUUCCCCACUGCGCCAGCCUCUCUGGGGGGAAGAGAUGUCUGGGACCCCUGCCCUGCAUGGCGGCCUUUCAGACAAAAAUGGAGUUUCUAAAAUAUCCUGUAAUAGGGGGACACAGCAUUGGAACACAGGCUCAGAUCUUCUUGCUGACAAGUAUGGCUCCACCAAUAUGUCCUCUCUCCUUUCCCUGUGGGGUGAAUUCAAAACUCAAUUCCCAGCUGGUGGGGCCAUCAGGCCAAGCCACCAGGAGAAUGGGAAGCCCGAAAUGGGGGCUCCUGCUGAUGACACCCCUGAGGAGGGGUCAGAGGAGGAGGACUCUAACACCAAACUAUCCCACUGGUGGGAUAGAAAGGCAGCAUCUGUCAGCUCUGAAGAGCCGCUUCCUCAACCUACCAAGGAUGAUGAUCCCGCUGUGCUAGCCAUGUUCCAUGCUGUGGCUAGCAGCUGCUUGGCUGUACGCAGCCAGCAGAAGGAUGAGCCGGACUUCACGCUUGCCCAGAAAUUGGCCAUCUUACGGGAUUUGUACCAUACCAAACCCCUGGUCUUCUUAGAGCGCUUCCGAACAGCAUUGCGGGAAGAUCACCUGGCCUGCUUCCGCCACCUCUCUGGCAACUAUGAGGCGGAUUUCUACUGUGCUGAGGUGCGCAAGGCUGGCAGGAGCAAGACUCGCCAUACCCGGGUGCGGAACAAGCGGUAUGCAGCUCUGCAGGAGCUCAUUAGAGGUGGGGAAUACUUCAGUGACGAGCAGAUGCGCUCCCGAGACCCGCUGCUUUACGAGCAGUACAUUGGACGGUAUCUGAGCGACGAGGAGCUGCAGGAGUUGGGGGGCUGCAAGCUGGAGGCUUCCUGCACUCUCUCGGGCGCCCUGCUGGAUUCCUACCAGGAACGGGUCAUCCAGCAGCGGCUGCAGGUGCAGCAAGAGCAAGAGGAGGCCUGUCUGGAGGAAGAGGAGAGCGAGGACAGCGAGAGCGAUGAGGACGAAGCCAUGGCGCCCAGCCACGACACGGACGACUGGGUCCCGGACAGGGGAGAGAAAGCUUUCCUGCGGGAAGAGUUCACCAGCCGCAUGUACCAGCGCUUCCUUGACGGCAAAGACCGGGACUUUGACUACAGCGAGGUAGACGAGAACCCAGAGUUCGACAAUCUGGACAUCGUAUCACGGGAUGAGGAGGAGCGCUAUUUUGAUGAGGAAGAACCAGAAGAUGCUGAUUUUAUGGAAGCGGAAUAGAUGGAUCCGCAGUCUGAGAUCCUAGACCCAGUGUGGAGGGGAGGGGUCCACCAGGAUGUAACCAGGCCCCACACAUGGGCACCUCCAGCCAGUUGCACAGCAUUCGUCCUCCUGCACUGAGCUGCUCCGCCUGAGAGGACUUGGAAGAGCAGACCUGGAUUGUUUUGGAGACUGGUUUCGUGCGAUGUCUAUAGCUUCUUCUGUAUCCCAAGAGUGCCGCUGAAAUUCCUUUCCAAGCUGCUUCCUUGUUGCUAAAAGGAGGACGCAACAAAAAGGGACAGUUGUGUUUUGCAAAUGGCCACUUGCAGCCUAGGUCGUCCCUCACCUCUUUGGCUGUGGUGGCUCUUGCCUACGAAGAUUCGUGCCGUAGAGAAGACACGGCCUUUAAUGGGAUUUGGUUUCCCCUCCCUUCCCUUCCCCAGUGUUGCUUUCUCCUUGGUCUGUAACCAAAUGGUGUUGUGGCAAAGAUGCAUCUCACCGGAUGGGUCAGGCUGGGACUGUAAACCAGCCGUUACUGCUGUGUUGCUCAGAGCUGAGUUCCAUCCAGUCAAAUUUUGUGCAGGUUUUUGAGGUUGAAAAUAAAUAAUCUUUUGAUUAA